AUGAACGACGGGAAAAGGAGUUGUUUGAUAGGAGUGGCAAGAAUGCUUAAUGAAAGAAAGGAUAAAGAAAAUAAUUGUAAUGGAUGCCAAGAGUUAAGAGUGUUAAAUGAUGAUGGGUAUUGUAAAAA